AACCCGUGCGGCACCGCGAGAGAGAGAGAGAGAGAGACAGAGAGAUAGAAGAGUCCUGCUUAAACCUUAUCUCUCACUCUUUUUUUUUCUCUGUGUACCUCCUCACAACCUCGUUCUCUGAAGAAAAUCCAAUCCAAAAAACACACCCUUUAGCCCAAAACACAAAACAAAGCCUUCUAAAGCUCACUCCUUUGAUACCCUUUUGCUUCUCCUAAUCUCUCUUUUUGGGUUUUGUUUUGUUUUGUUUAUUGAAGUUGAGAAGCACAUUCCAGUUCCAUGGACUCCAAGGCCUCUGCCCCAGAAACCACAUCACCUCUCUCCAACUCAACAUCAGGUUCUUAUUUCUCUUCUCCUACUUCUUAUUCUCAUGGUUCUGGUUUUGAUAAUUCAAUGAAUAACUAUGGUUUAGAGGCUGAGAGUGAUAAGAAUAGUAGUGUUGGUGGGGUUCAUGGUAGUAAUGCUGGGUCUGAACAUGAGGGGUUUGGGAGUGUUGAAGAUGGGUUUGAAUCAGCUUCUGGGGACCCAGAUGGAGGAACCGUAGAGAAAGCCAUUGGAAGAGGUGAUAAUGAUGUCCAUUUUUUUGAUUAUUCGGAAUUUUCGAUGUUUGAUAAGGUUGGUGUAACGCCGGUUGCAAAGGCAUCGGCUGAGGAUGAUGAUGAAAAUGGUGUUGUAGGAAGUGAAAAAGUUGGGGUCUUGGGGGGUGAGGGAGUUGGUGAUAAGGGUUUGGAGGUUGGUGGGGUUGAGGGUUAUGUUGAGAAUUUGGGAGUUGGGGGUGGGGUUUUCGAGGAGAAGGAGGUUUUGGUGCAAAAGGGUUGGAGUGAGAAUGGGAAUUCGGAUGAAUUGGAAAUUGGAAGUGGUGUUGGUAAUGCUCAUAAGGGCAGUGUUGAGGUUUUUGUGGGCGGUGGAGAGGAUAAGGUGUUUGAGAAUAAGAAAUUGGAUGAGGGUUUGAGCUAUGUGGUUGAAGGGGGCUUGAAAACGGAUGAGGAGGUGGAAGGGAGUGAAUUGAAGGGACAGGAGGCUGUGGAAAAGCUGAAAAGUGAGGGUUUUGAUGAAAAGGAAUCUGUGGUUGUAACAGAUACAGAGGAGGCUGCUGUGGCAGUUGAAGAUAGUAAAAUUCUGGAGGGUGGAGUUGUAGAACCGGUGGAUGAGAAGUUGGUAGAAGUAGAUAGUGUGAAGUUUACCGGUGGAGGAGAUUUAGUUGUGGAUGCUGUGAAUGUCAAUUUGUUGGAGUCAGGAGCAGAUGUUGCUGGGGAUGUGGAAGAAAUUAAAUUGACUGAAUUUGAAGGGAUGGGGGUCCCCGUUGAUGGAGGUGUGAGCUUGAAUAAUGGUUUUAAUCAAAUUAGAGAUGAUGCAGAAGAACUAGUUGAUUCGAAGUCUGUGGUUAUGGAUGCUGAGUCUGAUCAAAUUGUUGAGCCCUUAAAAAAGAAUAGUGGUGAAACUGCAGAAGUGAGGAAAGAUGAAAGCUCAGACACCCAACCAUUUAAUAUUGACACGGCAGCAAAGAAUAAGCAGGAUGAUGAGGGACAAAGUGUGGCUCUUGUUUAUAAUGGGAAGCAGUCAUCACCAGAAAAUGAGCCGGAAGAUAAUUCUGAAGCGGAACAGAAAGGUGAAAAUGUGGUCAGUGACAAACUAGAUGGAGGGGAAGGAGUUGAAACUCAGGAAGUGUACUAUAACCCUGCGUUAGCUCAAAAUGAAUCAGAUGAUGUGGCAAAGCCAUUGGAUAAUGGUGUUAAUGAAGCACCUCAAUCUAUGGAAUCAAGUUCCAUUUUGACCCGAGAAAUAAAGCUAGAAGCUGAAGAUGAGGAAAUGCAGCAUUCAGAUGUGGAAGACCAGAUUGAAGGUGAAGUUACCGAUGGGGAGACUGAUGGUAUGAUCUUUGGAAGUUCUGAAGCUGCCAAACAGUUCUUGGAGGAGUUGGAACGAGGUUCAGGUGCUCUUUCUCACUUUGGUGCAGAGAGUUCUCACGAUCAAUCUCAGAGAAUUGAUGGUCAGAUUGUCACAGACUCUGAUGAAGAGGUGGACACCGAUGAGGAGGGGGAUGGGAAGGAGUUAUUUGAUUCUGCUGCAUUAGCUGCUCUAUUGAAAGCUGCAGCUGGUGGUGACUCAGAUGGUGGUAGUAUCACGAUAACUUCUCAAGAUGGAUCCAGGCUUUUUUCAGUUGAGCGUCCUGCUGGUUUGGGAUCCUCUAUUAGGUCUGUGAAACCUACUCCUCGACAAAACCGUCCUAACCUUUUUACUCCUUCUGAUCUCACAACGGGGGCAGACUCUGAGAACAACUUGAGUGAUGAGGAGAAAAAGAAGCUGGAGAAGAUACAGCAGAUAAGGGUAAAAUUCUUAAGGCUUGUUCAGAGACUAGGUGUUUCUCCAGAAGAGUCAGUAGCAGCACAGGUUCUGUACAGGAUGGCACUUCUUGCAGGGAGGCAAACUGGUCAACUUUUUAGCCUUGAAACGGCAAAAAGGACAGCACUCCGGCUUGAAGCUGAGGGGAAAGAUGAUUUGGACUUUUCCUUGAACAUACUGGUUCUUGGGAAAUCUGGUGUGGGCAAGAGUGCUACCAUAAAUUCUAUUUUUGGUGAAGAGAAGACCCUGAUUGAUGCAUUUGGACCUGCCACGACUACUGUGAAAGAAAUUGUUGGGAUGGUGGAUGGAGUUAAGAUAAGGGUUUUUGAUACCCCUGGUCUGAAGUCUUCUGCAUUGGAACAAGGUAUCAACCGCAGAAUCUUAUCUUCAGUGAAGAAGUUAACAAAAAACUGCCCUCCAGAUAUUGUCCUCUAUGUUGAUCGGUUGGAUGCUCAAACUCGGGAUCUUAAUGAUCUGCCGUUAUUAAGGUCAAUCAGUAGUUCUCUUGGCUCUUCAAUCUGGAGAAGUGCCAUAAUCACUCUAACUCAUGCUGCCUCUGCUCCUCCAGAUGGACCAUCAGGUUCCCCUCUGCGUUAUGAUGCAUUUGUUGCCCAAAGAUCUCAUGUUGUUCAGCAAACCAUUGGACAAGCUGUUGGUGAUCUGCGUCUAAUGAAUCCCAGUUUAAUGAUGACUCCUGUCUCUCUUGUUGAGAACCAUCCCUCCUGUCGAAAGAAUAGAGAAGGUCAAAAGGUACUCCCUAAUGGUUUAACUUGGAGACCCCAGUUGUUGCUCCUAUGCUACUCCAUGAGGAUCCUUUCUGAAGUGAGUAAUCUGUCAAAACCUCAAGAUUUGUUUGACCACCGAAGGCUCUUUGGUUUACGUACCCGUUCGCCCCCACUUCCAUACCUUUUGUCAUGGUUGUUACAGUCUCGUACACACCCAAAGCUGCCUGCUGAUAAUGGUGGUGACAAUGGUGAUUCUGAUAUUGAUGUGGAUGACUUAUCCGAUUCUGAUCAAGAGGAAGAGGAGGAUGAGUAUGACCAAUUACCACCCUUCAAGCCUCUCAGGAAAUCUCAAAUUGCUAAGCUCAGCAAAGAGCAGAAAAAGGCAUAUUUUGAGGAGUAUGAGUAUCGGGUGAAGCUCCUCCAGAAGAAGCAGUGGAGAGAGGAGUUGAAAAGGAUGAGAGAGAUCAAGAAGAAAGGUAAAGUUAAUGCAGAAGAUUAUGGUUACAUAGGGGAAGAUGACCCAGAAAAUGGAAGCCCUGCUGCUGUUCCAGUUGCAUUACCUGAUAUGGUUUUGCCACCCACCUUUGAUGGUGAUAAUCCUGCUUAUAGAUACCGGUUCUUGGAGCCAACUUCUCAAUUUGUGACCAGACCUGUUUUAGACACCCAUGGUUGGGACCAUGAUUAUGGAUAUGAUGGUGUCAAUCUUGAACACAGUCUAGCCAUUGCUAGUCGGUUUCCAGGUGCUGUUGCUGUCCAAAUAACAAAGGAUAAGAAGGAGUUCAAUGUCCAUUUGGAUUCUGCAAUUUCUGCUAAGCAUGGGGAGAAUGGAUCAAGCAUGGCAGGCUUUGAUAUCCAAAAUAUUGGAAAGCAACUUGCAUACAUUGUUAGAGGGGAGACAAAAUUCAAAAAUUUCAAAAAGAACAGGACAACUGCUGGGGUAUCUGUGACAUUUUUAGGUGAAAAUGUUUCCACUGGAAUUAAAGUUGAGGAUCAGAUUGCACUUGGAAAGCGCCUGGUAUUGGUAGGCAGCACUGGAACUGUUCGAUCUCAGGGUGAUUCAGCAUAUGGAGCAAAUUUGGAAGUGCGUCUCAGGGAAGCAGAUUUUCCAAUUGGCCAGGAUCAAUCUUCAUUGGGUCUAUCUCUUGUAAAGUGGAGGGGUGACCUGGCACUAGGGGCCAAUUUUCAGUCCCAGAUUUCAAUUGGAAGGAGUUACAAGGUAGGCGUUCGUGCAGGACUGAACAACAAGCUCAGUGGACAGAUAUCUGUUAGAACAAGCAGCUCAGAGCAACUUCAGCUUGCACUGGUGGCUAUUCUUCCUAUCGUCAGGUCUAUCUAUAAGACCAUCUGGCCUGGGGCAAGUGAGAAUUACUCCAUCUACUAGUUAUUUGCACUUUUUUGUCACCCCGAAGUUGGUCUAGAUUUAGCAUAAUCUGCUUAUUGUCUUUAUCACUUUCCUGAAUAAUGCUUAUUUUAUUCGCUCCAGAACCUCUACUUUUUAUCAGAUACAUUUUUCUUUGCAUAAUUGAUUGUAUCGAAUAUGAGAUGGAACCAAGAGGGAAUCUAAUAUAUCAUUGUUUAUUAGCUUUA